UUUUCAUCUUCAUUCGUGGCUCGGCUCUCAAACUUGGCCCAAAAACGGCUUAAACGUGUUAACCGCUCCAAUAGAAAUGGCCUCUCAGCUGCUGCUCCUCCAACUGCUGGCGGUGGUGGUGGUGGUGUCCACUCUCCUCUGCUCAUCGAUGGUGCAUGCCGGCUACAGUUCCACUGGUGGCGAUGAGUCCUCCGGCAGCAGUGCCUCCAACUCGAUUGGCACCAGCAAAUGUGACAAGAAUCCGCUGGCGGAGCUCACCUUUCAGCUGAGUGGCAGCAACCUGCACUGGCCCUGCGACUCCACCAAGAACAUCUACGUGCAGUCCGGUCGCUAUGUGCCCCGCAAUGUGAUUGUGACGAGAGCCCAGCUGCAAAGGGAUUCGGCAUUUGUGGCACUGCCACGCUACAAGCAGGGUGUGCCCUUCACGCUGGGGAAGGUGAAUCUGAAGAAGGGCGAGUGCCUCACCAAAAUUGCACCGUAUCCGUGCUGGGCCAUACAGGAGGAGGGCAACUGCCAGGCGCUGCAGUCCGUUGUGGAUGUGGCUGUCGAUCAGAAUGGUCUGCUCUGGGCACUGGAUGUGGGCAUUGUCAAUACGCUGGAGCAGCCGAUUCGUCGCUGUGGCCCCAAAAUAGUGGCCAUCAAUACGGCCAACCAUAAGGUGGUGAAGAGCAUCGAUCUGAGCGAUCUGGUGACCUCCGAGAGUCGAUUGCAGUUCAUCGUCGUGGACUAUUCAAAGGAUAACAAGCCAUUUGUCUACGUGGCCGAUGCUGGUGCGCGCAGCAUUCUCGUUUAUGACAUCACCGGUAACAAGUCCUAUCGCAUUGUCCUGCCAAAGGCGACGGCACCCACCAGCGAUGUGCUGUAUGUGGCACUGACCUCCAAGGCGGACGGCACCUCCACGCUCUUCUUCAGCUACCUGAGCUCCUCGCGCCUGUACUCGAUCAAGGGCGAGUAUUUGCGUGUGGGCCAGGGAGCGGGCUCCAUCAUUGAUGUGGGACCCAAGCCCUACGGCAAGCAGGCAGUGCUCCUGGGUGCCGAUGGCGGCACCUCGCUCUUCUUCCGCUACAAGGGCGAGAAUGACAUUUAUCUGUGGGACUCGGAGACGUGCUUCAAGGCCUCCAAUCUGCAGGAGGUGCAACGCGGCGGCGACUGCCGCCUCUCCACCCAAGUGCUGCCCGGACACAAGCGCUUCAUGUGGGCGCUGGAGAGUAAUUUUCAUGACUUUAUCUCGGAUCGGACGGGCUGCAAUGGCGCCUCCAUUGUCCUGCAUCCCGUGGUGAAGGAAUGCGAUGAUUAAUCAACGCGUUUAAUGAUUGAUUGAUUGAUUGAUUGAUUGAUUGAUUGAUUGAUUAAUUGAUUGGAUUGGAUUGCUGCCGUUUAUUUAUGCUUAAUGUUUGCUACUCUUAAUGUUUUUUGUUGUUAUUUGGGAGAGUAAAUCUUUUGUUGUUUUGUUGCUCAACAAGUUCCCGCCUCGCAAACGAAUUU